AUGCUGAAAUGUUUGUACCUUCUGAGGGAGGUACGCUCCAGUUAUGUUCCUGACGCAACUAUGAGAAUUUUGCUCGAGUAUUUGGACGGUGAUGAUAAGAACAUUACUUGUCCGCUGCUUACUAAACGGAUAUACCAAGAUGGUAAACCCGGUUGCACAUACAACAACUGGGCUUACAUAAUCAUUGCAAUCGUGGCAUUUAUAAUUGUUGGAAUCCCAUUUACAGCUUUCGUUUGCUGCAUACAGCGGAAGAUACGGAAUAGGCAACGCAUUCGACGCAGUAGCAAUGACCGAUCAAGCCCCUAUCCAUAUCAGGUAUGGUUGAUUUUCAGGUAACAAAAGACGAAACCUACUUCGAUGAUACAGUGAUUUGGAUUCGGGCGCCAUUUGGACCUCUUUGUUGAUCAAUUUCUGUAGUUAAUCAAUUUAAAUUUAGCUGAUUAUAAACCACAACAACUGUCUUGAACAGGCAUUAUAGCAGACUUCUCAUCACUUCGCACAUAAGAGCAAGCAACUUUCCGAUCAGAAAAACUGAAGCAUUGAGCUCUUCUUUUUCGUCUUAGGAAUUCCAUGGUUAACAUAUCGGUAAAAUUUCCGCACAGCCCCAUCCUACAUUAUGCAUUCAGUUCUUGAACAGAAGAAACAAUGACAAAAACAAUACAUUUCCGUUGGGAAAACAGAUUUGUUUUACAAUAGUAUGGCUGUGCGGAAACUUUACCAACAUAUCUAAUAAUUAUCAAGCUUCUUUCAUGAUACUCCAAGACAGGUGAAAUAUUAUUAUCAAUCAGCCAUGAAAGAUUACAUUGAGCUGGAGGUUUUCAAAUGAAUUUUCAAUCUUGGAUAGGUCAGGGCGGGGUAUAACAAAAGCACUGAAAUUACAAACUUUUGAAAACUGAAAGAAGGGAUGGAGAAAUAGAAAGUUAUGUGUUAAUAUGGCAAAAAAAAAGAUAAUUAUAGUGGCUGAUAAAAACUGAAGUAAGCACAACUCAUUAUCUUAAAAUAGAGUACUUGGUGUAGAUUUGGUUUUUUCCCAAAAUGAUUUUUACGCUAGUAUGACAUGAGCAGUCAGCCAGCCCAAUCAGGGUAAACCUGCAUGAUCCUACAGUAAAGUCUUUUCAUUUUCUUUAGCCCAUCAGCAGUGAAGGAAGUGGGCACCCUUCUUAUGGAGCUAUUGACAGUGCUGAUGAGCGUGUAAUCAGAUGUAGGUAUAAUAUUUUUGCAAUUUUAUUGUUUCAUAGAAACUGUUCAGUUACAGGGUAGGUGGUAACACAAUAAACAAGAUGGCCUUGGCAACAAGACAAAUUUUGUUGUCUUGAGAUUUAAGAGGCAUUUCCAUUUGGGAGACUAAAUCAUAAGGACAGGAAUCAUGACAAAGGAUAAUAUAUGUCAGAGCUGGUCAGUUAGCUCAGAUGAUUUGUAAAGAAAUUUUCCCCAAAAAAUUUGAAUUUUUUGGCCAGUUCAGUCAAUUCUUCAGUUUUGUAGCAACAACAGUGACAUCAACAACAAAAUGUAUUUAUCUUAGCCAUAAAAAUACAUCUCUAACAAUCCCUGCCCAAAAAAUAGCAAAGCUAAGCAAUGCAGGAGGAAAGUAAACAUUAAAACAAAUUCUUCCAUAACAAGCUUGAGUCAAAAUAGGAAAUGACUAAGAGAGCAGGCAUAUACAUGAAUAAUGAAAACAGUACAAAAUCAAUAUCCUUUAUAGAUGUGUUUGGGUAAGGUUUCUAAGCAACAGAAAAUUCUGGAAAAUAGCUUAAUAUUUGUUUUGAGUAAACUAUUUUCAUUGAGCAGCAGUCAGUUAACCCUUUACUCCAUAACAUCAGUAUGCAUAUUCUCCAUACUGUUUCCCAUACUUUUCCUUAGGUGAUGUAGAGAAGAAUUUCCUUCACAAUUAAGGACUUCUUUAGUUGGUGAUAAUUUUCUCUAUUGUUGUGAUCUCAAUGUGUGAUUCAGGGGGUGAAGGAGUGAAUGCUAUUGGAUUUUGAUCUUAAAAAGUUUUUUAGUGGGCAUUUCCAUUGUCUUUUUCAGCUCCAAGCCAUGACUCUGUAUCUACUGCCAGUCUGGCUGAUAAACAGAGCCAGCAUCAAGACACCACAAGUGUGGCAUCUAGUCGUGCAAGCAUGGUUCCAGCCUAUGACGACGUAUCUUUAAAUCAACGCAGCGCUGCAGCUAGUAGAUCUCGCCACCCAUCUAAUUCAGAAAAUAUUAAAGAUGGUGCCAAGAACUCAGCAGGAGGGCAAGCCAAUCAAAGGAGAACAUCGCGUCUCUCAUCAGAUGGCCAGGAUAGAUUUGUUGACCAACCAGGACAGUUUUAUGAAUCUGUGGAUGUUGUAACAAACUUGCCAAAGCUUCAAGACCAAACUAAAGCUAGAAAUGAUAAACAGCCACCCUCCAAACCUCCCAGGCAAUUCUUUAAUAAAGCUAUCACUCCAGAAACUGAGGAUCAUGUAUAUUCUGAAGUUGAAGGCACUGACUCUAAUAGUGCCUUUCAAUUGCCAUCAAAUGAUGUCAUAUAUGAAAUAAACCCUAAAGAAGAUGGGGCUUUUGAAGGGAGCUCACCAGUGUAUGCUGUUUUAGAACCAUCCCCAGAGGCUCCAGAUCAGAAUAAGGGUCCAGAAUCACCUAAUGAACAGAAACCGGGUUUAGAGCAAGAGAAAAAGCCAGCUGAUGACAAAGUUGGAGAGGAUUCCGCUUCAGAUAACUAUGUAACAGUUCUUCCUCCUACUCCUCCCAAACAAGUUUAUGAACCUGUAAAUGAGAAUUCAGACUUGACAGCAAGCGGCUCAAAUAAGUUUGAUCAAUAUUCUGUGACACCAAAAGAAGAAGAGCCUGACCCUGUGAAGUCAAGAUCUGUAAGUACAAUGUAAAGUUAUGUCAUCAUAGUGUUAAUUAUUUAUUUAUUUUGAAGUCUGUUAAACUGUUUUCAAAAAACAUAUACAUCAAAACCUUUCACUUUUAAACAUGGUAAGAUGUCUAAUUUUGACAUAGUUUGAGAUCAUGAUUCUGUCUCCUUUUUUAUGGCUUUUGUUAGUAAGGACAAAUUUGUAAUAAAAAUUGUAAUUUUGAUUAUAACUGAAAUAGCAAAAUCAUGAUUGACAACACAUAUCUUGGUCAUUUGAAAUCUUAAUUUUUUUAAAAUAAGAAUUAAUUUUAACAUAAAUUAUCUCCAUUUAUCACAAUUUUGACAGUAUUUUGAGGAGUUUCUUCUGGACAAAGUGAGGGCGUUACCAGCUGAUAAAAGAAAUGGUACUUUCCUUAUUCGAGAUUCAACUUCCUCAACUGGAUUAAAGGUGCAUGUAUAAAACUUAUCUUGGCCUAUUUCAUUUUUAGUGUUCCUUCUAGAAGAACCCAUAAAAAAUUCCAAAAAUAACAAGAGGUCUGUUUCUCCUGUAAAGCACUUCUGUUUUCAUUCGAUAUGGGGGUUUUAAAAGUUUUGAUAAUGAUAUAUUGAAACCAUCAGCUGAAGAGUUAAAAUUAGGGUACCAGAAUCAGUUUCUCUAUUCUUAAAAUUUUGAUUUUAAGAUAUGGCCUAAGCCCGUUCAAUUACUAGUGGGAACUUUCAUAAGAUGGGCUCCAGAAAAUUUUGAUGAAUGAAAUUCAGAAGUAUUUCGUAAAAACUCUAUCAAAAUCUGUGAAGAUAUGAUUAAAGAUGAAGAUAAAUCUCCCUUUUGUAUUUCCUUGGUGAUAUAUAUGUUUUCCCUACACACUCAGAAUUAGACCUAAAGUAUAUUCACCAGCUGGUGCAUUACUCAACAAGUGUAUUUUUUCUUUGGUUGCAGGUUUUAACCUUGUACUGUUGGAAAAAUGACUCAAAUAAAGAGCUUUACCACUUUAAGGUACUAUUCACAGCUUUAAUAGCAUGACAAUGUGCUUUAAAUUAGAUGCUUGACAGUUUCAAGAUAAUUAAUUGACUUUAAAAAAAACUUUGUUAAUCAUUAACCUAGCCAUAUGGCUGGGCAUUAAUUGGCUUGGCUGUAACUUAUUGAGCUUUGGCUUACAAGAAAGCCAUUAUUAUUGGUGUUGCUGGACGUGUGUUUCCCCAUCAGUUAGAAGAUUUGAGAUAAGUUGGGGCUAGGUUUGCUUCUAGAUCUCUUACCAGCUCACAUAAUGCUCAAGGCCUCGUACUUUCAUGUGGGUGACAAAGUUGAAUUGAUGUACUUCAAGGUGAGGACUAGGAACCUCUCUGUCCUUUCAUUUCCACACCUUACUCCUGUAGGUCUGGAUUUAAAGAUUAGUACUUAAAUGUAGUAUCCAUCACAACUUUCAGAUCAGUUCUGCAGAAGAUGGCUGGGUAUUCCUUUACAAGAGUUCUAAAAGGUUUUCAGACUUAGAUGAACUGUUGAAAGAUCUCAGGUUAGUUUUGAUCUUCAUGAAUUGAUUAUCUGUGCAGCUUAGUUGGUAUUUUUUUCUGUAAUCAUGCUUAAAACUUCAAAUAUGUAAUGAGAAUAUUAUACAAAAAUGUGUUGAAGAGUUAUAUUUGACAAGAACUACACUCCUAUAAUGUCUUUUUCUAUGCAUGAAUGGAAAUGGUACUGGUAAAGCUGUUGGUGCAAUCAUAAACAAAACAAAACAAAACAAAAAAGGUCUGUCACUGGUUUGGAGGAUAGACUUAAAAAAUUUACCCAGAUUUCUCUGAUAACUGUUGGAUGAAUGUUGAAUGAUCCAUUUCUACAGUCUGUUACUGGCUACUUAUCCAAUGCUUUCAAUUGGUAUACCACAAUUGUGUAUACCAUGAAAAUACCAGUGACAAGAAGGGUUAUUCAUUGAUAUAACAUGAGGAAAUGCCACUAACUACUCUAAACAAUGACACAGAGAAUACAGUGGCCCACACAAUCAAUAUGAGAUAAGUAGUAGACUCCAUUUAGAAUAGUUUUGGAUAAGCUCUAUGAUGUUUUAAAACUCUGUAUAAAUCUAAGUCUUAAAAUUGAAGUAAACACCAAUUACAACUUAUACUUGGCAAAUAAAGUUGACAUGGUCAAAGGCUUGUAAGGAACUGAAAAGGGUGCCACUUAUUAAAUUUCAACAGAGCACAAUGGGAAGGUUGCAGGUAAUACUAUCCAAUAUACAAAUGCCCUCAUGUAUUCUGAUUGGCUGUAUUUUCUACUGGCUUGGUUUAAAUGGAACUACUGUAGCUAGAGGAAUUGAGAAAUUUAUCAGAAAUAUAUUGAAUUCUUAUCUUUUUCUUUUUUUUUAAAUUUUUUUUUAGGAAAGACAAAGAUAUGUUGCCUUGUGUUUUAACAGAACAAGUUUUGCCCUAAUAUUGUUUUCCCGGCCCUUCAUGUACGUAAAAUAUUUAUAUUUUAUCAAAUCAAUAUAGAAUUCUUUUAAAAAGAAAACCUUAGUGACAGAUUGCAUGUCGUAAAAAGUGAUUAACAAAUGUAUUUUGUUAAAAGGUAAUUUAGUGUUAACAACUGAGUUGAAAACGUAAAUUGGCCCACUGAUUGAAUCGCUCUGACGAAGGGCUAACGCUCGAAACGUCAGCUUUUUACUCUGUACGGUGGCCAAUUUACGGUUUCAACUCAGUUGUUAACACUAAUUUACCUGCUAUACUCUCCCACAGACGCAGCACCACAGUUUCUUUAGAAACUUACCCUCUUUAUAUAUUUUGUUAAAAUACAGGUUCGUUUACUAACUGUAAGUAGUGUGAUAGGAAUAUUUUUAAAACAAGUAUAUUACGAUUGGAGCCGAAGUCAAGAGCUGCCAUGUUUGUGUUUUACUUAACAAAUAGAGAAGCCUUGACUGUGGUCUGUUCUGUUGUAAAAGCACGCAGGAAGCGGCUAGAGUACGAAAGAAGUGUAGGGGAACACGAGACGUAGUCGCCAUCAGAGCACAGUCAAGGCUUCUCUAUUUGUUUUAUAAUAAAGAAUCCGUUAAAUUCCCCAAGAAUUACUUUCAAUUUUCAAAACAAAUCUUAUUUCCAAAGCGAAUAACAGUGUCGUCAGCGUGCUCUAUACUCUCAUAAAGCACCCUACAAAGGCCAAUCAGAAUUCCUGUUAGAAUGGUUCAAAUAAUCUGAUUGGCUGUACAAGACUAAAGCUGUCAAAAAUGUCAAACCAUCAAAGUUCAAAAACCAUCAAAGUUCAUAUUCUGCAAUAGUUUACAAACUAAAAUAGCUCGGCAUGUCGAAUUUAACACUUAUGCCUGAAGUUUUUUAGUUUCUAAUACAGGAUCUGAAAGUGAAAUGUUCAGUGAAAUUCGGCCCAAUCGUAGCUCACAAAAAUAUGCGAGUUAUUUCACAUGACAAGUAGAAAACAAACUGUUCAAGGCGAGUGUAUUAUGAAUGAACAACAGCCGAAUUCACUAAGACAAAAAGAUCCCUCGGAAUGACAGCGCCGUAAAACUCGGUUGCAGUGACUGAUCUGGCCUUCCACUCAACGCAUCGGAAAGGUAAUCAGGGCAAUCUCUUAUUUUUUCACUCGAAGGGCAGUCAAUUUAGUUCCUGAGGCUUGCUCCACUGCGAUGACCGAAGAUCGCCAUGAUUAGCUAGCCGCGAUAGACCUUAAGUCGCUCUGACACCAUCAUGAUUAGUAUGAAUUUUAACAGUUAUGCCAGGUUAUAUUUUUCAUAAUUCCUGUUUUUUUCUAUUUGAAAUCGAAACUUUAUAUACUAUACAAGUGUUAGCUGUGUUUGAUUUUUAUUACCGUACGUAAACUCGCUAUCUAACUGAGCGUGAAAACCGUUAAAAAAACUCGGACUGUCUAUCUUGUUUUAUCUUUGAGGAUUUUUGUCUCUGCUCACGUUACAAUAACGUAAAUUACUGCGCCUGGCAUUUUUUGCAAACCUUUGCUCGCUGGUUCCGAAAUUUCACUUUUAUUAACUCAAGAAAAGCUAGAAAGAAGUCCCGGAAAAGGUCGGACAUAGUACGAUUUGGCAGAUGGCGUGACAGCUUUAGCUCAGUUCUAUGCUCUAUUUAACAAAUAGAGAAGCCUUGGCUGUGCUCUGUUCUGUUAUAAAGCACGCAGGAAGUGGCUAGAGCACGAAAGAAGUGAAAGAAGCUCUUGAGUGCUCUAGCCGCUUCCUAAGUGCUUUAUAACAGAACAGAGCACAGCCAAGGCUUCUCUAUUUGUUUUAUAAUAAAGAAUCCAUUAAAUUCCCUGAGCAUUACUUUCAAUUUUCAAAACAAACUUUAUUUCCAAAGCGAACAGUGUCGUCAGCAUGCUCUAUACUCUCAUAAAGCACGCAACAAUAAGCCAAUCAGAAUCCCUGUUAGAAUGGUUCAAAUAAUCUGAUUGGCUGUACAAGACUAAAGCUGUCAAAAGUGUCAAACCAUCAAAGUUCACCUUCAAAACACGCAAGUUUUUUCACAUGACAAGGUAGAAAACAAACUGUUCAGGGCGAGUGUUUUUUGAAUGAACGACAGCCGAAUUUACCGGAAUAUGAAGAUCGCUCGGGAUGACAGCGCCGCAAAACUCGGCUGCAGUGACAGAUGUGACUUUCCACUUGACGCAACAAGAAAGGAUAUCAGAGCAAGCUCUUAUUUUUUCACUCGAAGGGCGGCCGAUGUAGUUUCUGAGGCUUACUGUGAUGACCGGAGAUCGCCAGGGUGAGCGAGCCGCAAUGAACUUCAGCAUGAUCAUAUUCGCUCAGACACCGUCAUGAUUAGAAUGAAUUUUAACAGUUAUGCCAGUUUGGUUAUAUUUUUCAUCAUUCCUGUUUUGUUCUGUUUUGUUUUUGAACACUGAACUUUAUAUACUAUAUGAGUGUUAGCUGUGUUUGAUUUUUAUUUCCGUACGUAAGCUUGCAAUCUACUGAGCGUGAAUCAAUCUUUAAAACCUCGAAUGUCUAUUUUGUUUUUCCUUUGAGGAUUUUCGUAUCUACUCACGUUUUAAUAACGUAAAUUACGGCGCCUGGUAUGUUUACAAACCUUUAUUUGGUUCUUCUGUUGCUACUUGCCGGCUCGCUUGUUCCGAAAUUUCACUUUCAAUUAUCGGAAAAAAGCUAAAAGGAAGUCCCGGAAAAGGUCGAACAUAGUACAGUUUGGCAGAUGGCGUGACAGCUUUAGCUCAGCUCUAUGCUCUAUACUCUCAUAGAGCACGCUCUUUCAACCAAUGACACCGCGCGUUAUAUCCGAACUUUAUUAUAAACUCUCAUAGAGCACGCUCUUUCAACCAAUGAUAGUACGUGUUAUAUCCGAGCUUUAUUAUCAUUAACAAUAGGAAAAUUGGCGUUUCCUAUAAUAGGAAAAAUAUAAGAAACAGAUGACGCACAUGAAGGAACUCUGAAAGAACACGGAGAUAGAUAUAACUAGGUUACUUAGCGGAAAAAAAAAAAAUUCUACUCUAUCAAUUUCGUUGUAGUUUAAGCUUUAAAAGUUUUAUAAAUGAAAUGGCAAUAGGAACAGGUUUUCCUUGUAUCCUUACCAUUAAAGAAAGUGAGGUAGGAGGAGGGGAACUUUUUCGAAAUGGGUGCUAGUUUGAAAUUGUGGCUUAAGGGGUGGAUUGUAUUCGGGGAAGAGCUCUUUAUUAGAGGAGUCGGCGCUUACUCGACGAAGUGUGGUAUCGAUUUGAGUGAAUAUAUGCUGAAACUUUCGCCAUUCAUGCAAUGGUAACCAUUCACAGAGCAGAACGCAAAAGAUAGAUUUCGACAUUUUCAAAUCCAAUUAAACAAGUUUCGGAAAGAACACAAGAAAACAUCAAAUUAUUUGUUGACUGGUGAU